AUGAGGAUUCAGCAAAGGAUAGUUCUGAAGAUGGAUAUGAGCGAGAGUGAGAAAUCAAUCAAGAAAGCUAUGAAAAUUGCAUCUGGAGCAUCUGGUGUGAGAUCUGUCUCGAUUCAGGGACAGAACGAUCAGCUGGUUAUAAUUGGAGAAGGGAUUGAUACGGCGGAGCUAACUCGUGAACUUCGGAAGAAAGUUUGUCACACGACCAUUGUCACAGUUCAGGCCGCACCACCACCGCCGCAGCCAUCGCAGCAGCAGAAGCAGCCACCGCAGCCGCAUCUGAUGGAAUAUCACAAUGAGAUGGCUCCGGCGAGAAGAUGCAUAUGCGAGAUACCGAAUUUGGGUUACUGUGGAUUUUGUAGAUCUAUGCGUGAAACCCCUUACCAGAUGGUACCUUCUCCGUAUCCACCUCCGGUGAUGUACGGUGGUUACCGUGAAGAUUCUGAUAAUUGCAGAAUCAAGUGAUGCACGAAUUUUGCAACUCUUGAGUGAUUUUUGUUUUUUUUUUUUUAAGAAAAAGAUUAGAGAUUGCCAAAUUCGUGAUGCUGUAAUGUUGCGACAGUGGACUCAGGAAAAGGUUUACUAAACCCCUAAAUAAAAGUAAAAUGUAAUGUUUUUUUUUUUAAAAAGGGUAAAAUGUAAUGUUUCAUGAUCGCCUUAUAUACUCAAACAAACAAAAAAUAAGACUGUGUAUUCA